GUUACACCGCCAAGGGAUGACUCGAAUCCGAGCGGUGGAACAAUUCUGAGUAAUUGGGCUACGUUUAAAAUCCAGAUCCAUCCUGAUGGAUGCGGCUAUUAAUUCGCCUCUUGACAGUGGCUCUCUGGGAGUGGGCCUGUCGCUCGUCGGCGGGAUGGACCCCGGCAUGAUGAACGCCGGCGCGGGGAAGCGCAUACGCAAGCCCUCGCUGCUCUUCGAGGGCUUCGAGAGCCCCGCGCUGCCCACCGUGCCCCCUCCUCCGCCCCCGCCGUCCGGCCCCACCAUGCCCACGCAGCCGACCCAGCCCCCCGUCAGCGACCCCGGCCGGGGCGGCCGCAUCACCAACCAGCUGCAGUUCCUUCACAAGGCCAUGGUCAAGGCCCUGUGGCGCCACCACUUCGCCUGGCCCUUCCACCAGCCCGUGGACGCCGUGCGCCUCAACCUGCCGGACUACCAUAAGAUCAUCAAGCAGCCCAUGGAUCUGACGACCAUCAGGAAACGUCUAGAGAACAACUACUAUCGGAGUGCCAGCGAGUGCAUACAGGACUUCAACACUAUGUUCACCAACUGUUACAUCUAUAAUAAGCCCACUGACGACAUAGUGCUGAUGGCCCAGUCUCUGGAGAAGGCGUUCCUACAGAAGGUGGCCCAGAUGCCGGAGGAGGAGCUGGAGAUCGCCCCGCCGGCCCCCCGCAGCAGGCCCACCAAGUCGGGGAGAGGCCGCAAGGGACAGCGGGGCAUGCGCCACGGACACGCUCCGGGGGGCGUGAGCACAGCUCACCAGGUGCCGGCGGUGUCCCAGUCGGCCUACUCCUCGUCCUCGUCCCCCGACACGCCCGACUCGCGCUACCCCACCCCCCCACAGACGCUGCUCAGCAAGAGCCUCCCGCCGCCCACCGUGCUCACCAGCCACGGCGUCCUGGGCCUGCCCCCCCACACCCAGCCCACCGCUAAGAAGAAGGGCGUGAAGCGCAAGGCGGACACGACCACCCCGAGCACCAUGGCCUACCCCCCUCUCGCUCCGCCGCUCUCCCAGGCCCGCGUGGGCGGCAUGGGCAAGGGCCACGGGCUCACCCCGGACGCGCCGCUCUCGCUGGUGCCCGUCUCGGUGGCGGAGAUGCAGCCGGGCGGGGCGGCGCCCACGGGCGCCAAGAUGCUGGGCCGGCGCGGGGGCAGCGGGCGGCCCAUCAAGCCGCCGCGCAAGGACCUGCCGGACUCGGUGCGGCCGCCCCCCGGAGGCGCGCGGCGCCGGGCCAAGCUGAGCCAGCAGCUCAAGUACUGCAACGGCAUCCUGAAGGAGCUGCUCUCCAAGAAGCACGCCGCCUACGCCUGGCCCUUCUACAAGCCCGUGGACGUGUCCGCGCUCGGCCUGCACGACUACCACGACAUCAUCAAGUACCCCAUGGACCUCAGCCUCGUCAAGAGGAAGAUGGACGAGCGGGAGUACCGAGACGCGCAGCAGUUUGCCGUGGACAUCAGGCUCAUGUUCUCCAACUGUUACAAGUACAACCCGCCGGACCACGACGUGGUGGCCAUGGCGCGCAAGCUGCAGGAUGUGUUUGAGUUCCGCUACGCCAAGAUGCCGGACGAGGUCCUGGAGGAGGAGGACGAGGAUCUGGCCGCCAUGUCGGUGGGCCGCGGCAGCAUGGGCAUGCUGGGAAGGCACUCCUCCUCGUCUUCCUCAUCCUCCUCCUCGUCCUCCUCGUCGUCGGAGAGCGAGCCGAGCAGCGACAGCGAGAGCGAGAGCAGCCCCAGCUCCGACAGCGAGGAGGAGAGGGCCCAUCGCCUCGCCGAGCUACAGGACCAGGUCUGCACACAGCUGCGGGCGGUGCACGAGCAGCUGGCCGCGCUCUCCCAAGGCCCCAUCAUCAAGCCCAAGAAGAAGCGCGAGAAGAAGAAGGACAAGAAGAAGAAGAAGAAGGCUGACAAGCGCAAGGCCGGCCGCAAGAACCUGGAGGAGGAGCGGGAGAGGGAGCGGGAGAGGGAGAGGGAGAGAGAGCGGGAGCGUGAACGGGAGCGCGAGCGCGAGAGGCUGGAGCGCGAGCGCGAGAGGGUGGAGCGCGAGCGGCUGAAGGUGGCCAAGGCCGCCAAGAGCAAGUCCAGCCGGGCGGCCUCCUCCACACAGGGCAAGAAGGGGGCGGCCAAGAAGAGCAACAAGACCAAGCCCGCCAAGAAGGCCCAGGUUCCAGUGUACGCGAUGCCGCACUACGACUCGGAGGAGGAGGACGAGACCAGCCCCAUGUCGUACGACGAGAAGCGGCAGCUGAGCCUGGACAUCAACAAGCUGCCGGGCGAGAAGCUGGGCCGCGUGGUGCACAUCAUCCAGGCGCGCGAGCCCUCGCUGCGCGACACCAACCCCGAGGAGAUCGAGAUCGACUUCGAGACGCUCAAGCCGUCCACGCUGCGCGAGCUGGAGCGCUACGUCAUGACCUGCCUGCGCAAGAAGCCGCGCAAGCCCUACGUGGUGAAGAAGGCGGGCGGCGGGAAGUCCAAAGAGGAGCUAGCGCUGGAGAAGAGACGAGAGCUGGAGCGGCGGCUGCAGGACGUCAGCGGACAGCUCAACUCCGCCAAGAAACCUCAGAAGCCCAAGGUGGAGAAGCCCAGUGCGGCGGAACCCCACCCGGUGCCCUCUCGCCUCAGUGCCAGCAGCUCCAGCUCGGACUCUUCGUCCUCCUCGUCCUCUUCCUCCUCCUCCUCCGACACCAGCGACUCAGACUGAGCCCCCUCCCCCCCCCUUCCCUCCCUCCCUUACAGGAAAAGAGGCGCCGUGAACGUGGGAGGGAGGGAGAGCGAGAGUGGGGGGAGACGGACAGAACUCAGGGAGCAGACCAGGCUUGUUAGGAGGGAGGGUUCGGGGCAGCGGACUAAAGCGGCUACCCCACAGGGUGGGGCAGUUAGAGACGCAGCAUCUCCCCAGCUUCUGCAGAGGAGAUGGAACUACCCCCCCUAACACCCAAGUUACCCCCCUCUCCCCCCUGCCAUCGUGGCGGUGGGGUUCCUUUACCCGGAGGUCCUCACCUGGCAGCCCUGCCCUCUCGGUUUCUGUGUAAAUAGCUGUACAGAUUAUAAGGAAUAUAAUUUUCUUUCAUAAAGAAGCAUUUUAAGGAGCAGCCCAUAGUGGGAGUGGAGAAGAGAGGAGCGAAGAGGAGAGGAGAAGGAGAGAUGAGAAGGAGAGAUGAGAGAGGAGAGGAGAGGAGAGGAGAGAAGAGAGAGUGUGGUGGGGACAUCUGGACACUUGUUUUCUUCUGAGCUGUCAGUCAGCAGCUGGGAGACCCAAAAGAAUUCCUUUUUUCUUUUUUUUUGGUUUUGUUUUAUUUGCUUUACUUUCGUUUUUUCCUCCGUUUUUUUUCUCCCCCAGUGCUUACGAACCCCCCCCCCCAAAAAAAAAUAAGAUGCCUGUGCUGCAGGUUUCAAACACUAAGAGCAUCUCCGCUGGGCUCGAGCUUGUGAUGUUGCAUUGCUUUAGGUAGGACGGUCAUCCCUCUGGGGACACAGGAAGCCCUUGCUGGAGUGGUUGUAGUUGGCGGUCACUACAAUAAAAGCCUGAUGAACGUGAUGUCGGUGAGCUGGUGAAUUUCAUUUCAUGUCCGUUGUGAGUGGAGAGUUCACUUUUAGUUCACGAUGGGGGUCAUUUGAAAUCCAUAGCCUACGUCUUGUCCAUCAAUCGCCUCCAACAUUGUGUGACGCCUGAAAAUCUAAUCUCGUAUGAUUUUCCUGUCACAACCAUUCUGAAAUGGAAGUCUUCUGUGUGCUAGCAGUGACGUGUUUUAGCUUGUAUAUCUGUCCCCUGUGUGUGCAUCACUUUGCUCCAGCUAUUUGAUGUGUAUAAUAGACAAAGCUAUUCAUUUUUUUCUCUCCGUUGUUUUUUUCUCUGUCCUGUCAAUUUUUUUCUCUACCUGUUGAGAAGAAGAAUCUGCUAUUAGUUUUUUGUUUUGGGUUAUUUUUUCCAUCUUUGUCUGUUUUUUUGACUUGGCCUGUGAUGGCAGAAGCUAUUUUUUCUUUGUUGUUGUUGUUGUUUUCAUAAGACCACUCUCACACCUCACAUCUCUCUCUGAGCCACAGAUACGUCACCUGUGUCUGGGGGUCGGUACUGUAAAAAAAAAAAAAAAAAAAAGGAGGCGGAAAAAAAAGGUUGGAGUUGGAGACUCUAGCGUCAGCUUGCCUGAACUAGAGAGGAUGGUGCUAGUUUAUGCUUGAUUUUUAUGCUUGACUUGGCAAACUGUAUUAUUUGUACUAUGUUAACUCAGGACAAGACACAUUCAUUGCUAACGUAAUAGCAAGGACACAUGUACAGUAAAAAAAAAAAAAAGACUUCAGAACUGGUCUUCACGCCAUUCCUUGUAUAACAGUUGUACUGUAGAUCAUGUUUCUAUUUGUGUCUUCUAUUUUUGUUUUGUUUUUUUUCCCUCCCUUUUUCAGUGUAAAAAGAAAAAACAACAAAAAAAAUGUUAGACUAUCUGACUCUCCAUUGUUGAGUUUUUGGAUAUUGUACAACCUCGGUUAAUAUAGCUUCUGGCUGCAUCAACAAACAUCUCGUCUGUACAUAUUAAAAGAGAUUUUGUUCUUUAAAAAGCUUUUUUAUUUUCUUUGUUGUUGUCUGUUUUGGUAGUCAGAGGGUGUUUGGGCUUGAAUGUAAUAAGGCUGAUUUUCCUUCAAAUGCCAUUCAUAUUUAAUAGAACUCUGGGGUAUAAUUUACUGCUUGAUAUUCUGGGCCACUCUUAGACAUCCGAUAUAUAUCCCCCCUUACUUAUCUUCAGUGUUCUUUGUUUUUGCUCUUUCCUAUUUCGUUCCCAAAUAUUACCCUCCAUCGUACAGACUCUUCAGCCAACAGCAUGGUACAUCACCCACAGGAAUGGCAUAGACAAGUUUUGUAGAGUAAUAAACAGUCGUAAGCUCCCGA